AUGCAUGGAAAAAAAGACCAAGAGCAUAUAAGAAAAGGGCCAUGGAAAGCAGAGGAAGAUGAGGUGCUACUGAACCAUGUGAAGAAGUAUGGUCCUAGAGAUUGGAGCUCCAUUCGAUCCAAAGGCCUUCUACAAAGGACUGGCAAAUCAUGUCGUCUUCGUUGGGUCAAUAAGCUCCGACCAAACCUCAAGAAUGGGUGCAAGUUUUCACUAGAGGAAGAGAGGGUUGUCAUAGAGUUGCAAGCACAAUUUGGUAACAAAUGGGCCAAAAUUGCAUCUUAUUUGCCUGGUAGAACAGACAAUGAUGUGAAAAAUUUCUGGAGCAGUAGGCAAAAGAGGUUGGCUAGGAUUCUGCAGACAUCAGCAACAACCUCCAAAUCACAGAAAAACAAAACUAAAGUUCCUACCGUUCUUGAUGUUCCAACUUCGGAGGCUCCUAAGUUCAGUUCCUCAUCAGAGGGAGAACCUUCAUCAAAGCCUCAGUCAUGUUCAUUAUCCUGCAUUGAGAAUUCCGAUGUUAUCAAAAUGGUGCCAUUACCAGAUCUUAUAAAGUUCGAGAUGCAUAGUUCUGACACAAACCAUGUUGAACAAGAGUUCACCCCUUUUGAUAGCUAUAAUAAAAGCACUGAACAGAUUACCUUCCCACAGAUUUCAGAACUCAACACUGAUGUUACAUUCUCAAUGGGAAACCAAGACCUCUUGGCAAGAAUUGAUGAGCCAAAUUUUAUUGAUGUCUUUGAUCCUCUUGUUGCAUCUGAAUUUGGAAUAGGUCCACAACAUUCCAUUGGGUUCCCUUUCUUUGAGCCAUCAGGAAGUUGCAGAAUUGGGACAAGGGAUACAAUUGAUAACUCCAAAAAUAGUCACAGUUUCUUUGAUGAUUUCCCAGUGGACAUAUUUGAUGAUCCCAUGGAGCCACCUGCAAGCCCAUCCAAUGUGUAA